AUGCUCUAUUAAAUGUUUUUCACACAAUUUGCAAUUUCUUAUGGAUAGAUUUUGUAUCAAGAAAACUUUAUAGAUGAUAAUUUUGUAGAUACUGAAGGUAUUUAAUAUUAUAUAAUGUUAGGAUGGUAAGUAUAUAAUGCACCCAAAAGUAUAGGUGAAUGUAAUGAAACAAAUUAUGAAGUAUUUGGAAAUAACACAAUGAUUACAAAACUUAUAUCUCUACCUCCACACUAUGCAAUUAUGAUUACAGUAGAAUUUUGGAAGUAAUAUAUAUUAUAAAUAUAUAGAAUGGAUUCUUGGGAUGAUGAAUAUUUUUAUAUAUAUGUAGACUAGUAGCUAAUAUUCUCAAAAAUGUAUGGAUCGUCAGCUACAAAUCCAAACUUGUGUGGAUCAAGAUAAGGGCAGGUAUGGCGUGAAGAAAUAUCGUAAAUCAGUGUAACAUAAAAUCACAACUUCAAAUCACUUUUUAUUCUUAUGACACCAAAUUUAAAAGAUAAACAAGAUGUAAGAAUAUUAUUUAUGAAAGGAAUGGGGGGAAUUAGACAUUUCAAAUUAUAUAUCUAUGAAUGUCCACCUGGAUGUUAAAUUUGUACUUCAGAAGAUUCAGCUAUUCUUUGCCAGAUUUGGGUUAUUUAAUAUCAAAGCUUGUUAAAUGUGGAUAUUGAUUAAUUCUAAAUGGAAGGAUGGAUAAUUUUGGAAGGAGAAUAAUCUAUAAAUUCUUGUUCUUGUAAUUUNA